GUUUUUGUCUAGAAUUCAUACAAAGUUAAAGUGGACUUGAAAAUGCGUGUGGCGGUGUUGGUGUACGUUUUAUGUGCCUUGACGAUACAAAAGUGCCAUUCUCAAGAGCACGAUCAGCUGCACGAGUUAGGUAAAAUGGUUAAAAUAUGGGCGGACAACUUGGGAAAAGAGUUACAAUUUAUUGCCGAAUCCGCAACGCGCAGAAGUAAAGUAAUUGAGAGCUUUAAACAAACAAAGGCCGUCUACGAAAAGGGCAGCAAAAUCAUGGAGGAUAUCGCCGACAAGCUGAGAACGAUGAUGUUGGAGAAAGAGAAGGCUGUGAAGAGAAUAGUUGAACGUGCCGAGUAUCUGUCGUAUUAUCGAAAGCCACCGAUUUUUGAAAACAGCACGUAUGACUACUUCAACGCGGACAACAUCACCAAUAGCACGUGGGAUCGAGAAUUAGAAGAGCAGCAGUAUAAUGAUCGAUUAGAGCAAAUCCAACAAUUCAAAUGUGACGAUGCGCUAAACCACAAAGCCGGAGUGGAAGUGCAGACCAAUGCACCAACGCAACAAUUACGUUUCGACAAGAAUGACGACCAAGAGUGCCAGGUGCGCCCGUACGUCGAACGCAAGCCGGGUUACUUUCGCCACCUUCCCCUGGUUUACCACAGCGGUUUCGACGCCGAAGUCAACUUUAACUACAGCGUUAUGCGAAUUGCAACAAGCAUCUUCGACAGAGAGGAGCCACUUUUAAACGACAUACGAUGGUCUGAAGCUCUGGAUUUGGUCUUCCAACAAAAUUACCAGGAGGAUCCCACAUUGCUAUGGCAAUACUUCGCAGGACGAACCGGGUUUCUGCGACAUUACCCGGGCAUCAAGUGGUCAGAUGAGCAGUAUGAGCGAACUUACGACUUUCGGACGCGCGCUUGGUUUCUGGAGGCCAUUACCUCGCCAAAGGACGUCAUAAUUCUGUUGGAUAUGUCAGGGUCUAUGGCCAAAUACAACUGGUUUAUAGCGAAAUUUCUUGUUAACAAUAUACUGGACACUUUAGGUGACAACGAUUACGUUAACAUUUACUUGUUUAACAACGAAACGCGUCCUCUUGUGGAUUGCUUUAAUUACACACUGAUGCAGGCGCACGAGGAAAACCUGAGGCUACUUCGUGAGAGUUUGAAUAAGUACACUCCCGAUACAACUGGUAACAUGAAAAGUGCUUUUAAGCUAGCCUUUGCGACUUUGGAACAUUUUCGGAAGGACGAAGGGAAAUCGCACUGCAACCAGAUGAUAAUGUUUAUAGCCGAAGGGAUUGACUAUGAUUACAGCCCAGCCGAACUGUUCAAAACCCAUAACCGAACAGAAUAUUACACACCAGUUCGGGUUUUCACAUUUCUAAUCGGCACGUCCCCAUCUGACGAAGUGGAGAUGGUUUGGAUAGCCUGCGCCAACAUGGGUUACUACGUCAAUAUCAGUCGAGAUUCUGAAAUAGCGGAAAAGGUGGUGAAAUACUUGACGGUACUGUCGAGACCGUUGAAUAUGAAUUCGGUCAUUAAACCGGAUCCGAUAUGGACGGGGACCUACGCCGAUUUAGCCGAUAGACGUAUAACGAAUUGGUUAUGGCAAAAGUACGAAGGAAACCAGCAGAGGCAGGUUUUCGUUGACUACACGCGUACCACGUAUACGCAGUACAAUUGCGUUUUCGAUCAGAAUAGUAUGCACUUCUUGCAGAGCGACAGUCACGAUUACGAACAUUACUCGGAGCCGCGAGAUUUUCAUUACAUGACCACUGUUUCGCUCCCUGUCUACGAUCUUCGUCAGGACGCUACGGCCGUUUUGGGUGUCGCAGGUCUCGACGUUCCCAUAAGUUACAUAAAAAAGCUCACAAUGCCCCAUCAGAUCGGUGUGAACGGCUACGCCUUCAUCUUGACUAACAACGGGCUUCUUCUGUUACACCCAGAUCAUCGCAAAGAGUUUCACAACAUCAUCAAACCAACAUUCAAUCGAGUGGAUCUGACUGAAGUCGAACUCAUUGAUGACCUCAACGAACCCAGAGAUUUCAACAAGAGUCUCUUGGAGAUGCGGGAUCGGAUCGUCAGGCAGAUGACUGGACACGACUCGUUCCAGGUCAAAAUUCACCUAGACAAUAUGCGCCGCGUGUUCCUGAGCCGUCGGCACUAUUUCUACACGAAGAUUGGACCGUUCAGUUUAGUGAUCGCAAUACCCGACAACUACGGAUUUUACAAGAUACGGUACGAGUCGAAGAAUGGAAGUGACACCUUGCAGAACAGCAAGCAGUUGAGCGGUUUGAGGCUUACCAAAAAUUGGAAAGUGCACCCGGAGUGGUUAUAUUGUAAGCAUUACGGGAGGAAGAGGUUGAAGUUUGACACUCCCGAAGAAGAAUUGCUCUAUUUCUUAAACGAUCUUGAGCAGCAUGGAUGGAGGUGGUACAAAUAUUGUCAGCCCAGUCUGGUGACGCUUUUGGUUCUGGAUGCCAAAGCGACUGAGUGGUUUGAGGAACGAAAUACAAACUGGUACAACAUUAUGAGCAAGUAUCAGAUAGCGAUCGCAUUCAUAGCGACCCAUUCAGGUUUGACCAGGUGGAGGACAAUAGAAGACGACGAUGUAGACCCGCCGUUUAUUACAAAGAAUAAUAAAGCUAUUGACGAAAUUUGGUAUAAAAGAGCUGUUACUCAUAGUUACGCGAAUCCGAAAAGUUUCAUAUAUUCGGUUCCUAUCGACACAGCGUUAGAUAACGAAACUCUUGUAACGGGUGCUAAUGCCAUCUUUCGUGAAAGUGGAUCGAAGAAAGCUGCAGCGGCUGUUGUUGGGUUUCAGUUUAAUCAUGUCGUCUUGGAAUCAAUUUUUAAAAAAACUACGAGCGAUUGUGGAGAUCGCAGUUGCCCGCACAGAUGCGAUUCAGAUGAGCUAUCCUGCUUUGUGUUGGACAACAACGCUUACAUAAUCGUGAGCGACGAAGGAUACACCGGCGCAUUCUUCGGAAAGGUUCGUCCGGACAUUAUGAAGCACCUAGUCGAAAAUGGCCUAUACCGUCGCGUAAGGUUUCUCGAUUAUCAGGACAUAUGCUACUUGGAUCCCCCGAGCCCGAAGUCCAAAUCACCAGCGUCCAGAAUUACGCUGUUUUUAGCAAACAUUUAUGGUAUUCUUAAGGGCUUCUUGUGCGUACUGUUUUACUGGGUGCAGGGGUUUUUGGGAGCGGUAGUUAAAGAUGAUCCAUGCACCCGCGCCAUCACCUCCCAGUACGAAAAGCGAGCAAUUAAUAAGUCGCUACCUACUCCCUGCGAUCGCCAGCGUUGGCUGUUCAGCUUGGAACGCGACACAUACACCAACACCAACGAUAAUAUAUUCACGAUACCCAACUGUCUAUGGCCUUACAUCGUGUAUCCAAUUCCCAGUAGCAACCUGAUCUUGCUGGUGGUGAACCGGCCAUGUGAAGUGGACAUCCAAGACUACCCCUACACACCGGACCCAGUCGAAUUGAAGUACAACCUGUCAAUGCCCUGCUACAUUGCCACCAAAAAUAAUUAUACAAGAAGACAAUAUAUCACAUGCAUCAACAACCACAAGAGGGAGUACAGCCUGAAUUUAGACCACCAAUUUUGUGGUGUCACUUGGAAAUAACUGCUUCGCUGCCUAACGUUAAUUGUAUAUGAGACUGCAAAAGCGCCUUCUUGUUUAUAUACGCCAAUAAAACCGAACAAACCACUUUAUUUAAGGCAAGCAACUCUAGCUCAAAAUGAGUCUCAAGUGCCUUAUCUUAAGCCAGAGGAUCUUCGCAAAGUUAAUUUCCCUAAGCCUAAGCUAAUUUUUGAACAGAAAGCACAGUUUUGUAAAUAAUUUUAAACCAUAAUACACCGGAAAAUGUACUGCAGGUCAUUAAACAAUUACAAGUA